GGUUACUCAUUGUCUCGUGACUUUGGAUCAAGUGAAAUCUAUUUUUCCAUUUUUCAAGGUAGAUUGCAACCUAAAAAAUAAAAAUAUUUCCUAAUCUAAAACAGAUAUGGCUGCUGUUCUAAAUCAUGGUUUAGAUAAGAUUCCCGAUGCUCAAGGGUAUCUUGUGAUUAAUCCAGACGGCGCUGUUGUUGCAUCUGCAGGUGACCUGGAAAAUGAUGAAAAAAUGGCUGGAGUGAUGUUAGAGAUGUUACAGACUGCSGCAUUGAUUCCUAUCUCUGGUGACAGAACACAAACCAUGAAAAGAAUGUCAAUUYAUUUUGGGGAUUUUAUACUGAUGGCUACAGUUUCACAUCAAAAAAUAUUUGUAGUAAAAAGACCAGCACCGCAAGAAACCAGCUAAAGUAUAUUAAUUUUGUCAUCUAAAUUGAAUAUAUAAUGGAGUAACAGAAUGCUUAUCAGGCUGUUCACCUCCAAAUAGAGUGGUUAUACUUAAACUGUGCAAUAGUAAGUGGACUAAUUAGCAAUUAGUCCUCAUGCCUAAAUGGGGUAUGAGUCAAUAGCCCAUAAGGUCAAAGCUCAGGGGUUACUCUGCCAGGAUUUGGGUAGGGGUGUUCCGCUGGGAUUCUGAAAGGGGUACCCUGUUGAUGACAAAGGUAGGUAUAGUCCAUAUAUGGGAGUACCUCCCCCCCAAGGGAUCAAAGGCUAUUGAUUCAUAGGCCAUGAGGGCUCGAGGACUAAUAGAGGUCAGAAGAUCUCUUUCCAUUUUUUUGUGUGUGUGUCUGGCUUGUACACAAGAAAUUUUCUUUAUGAGUCAAGUAUAACCACUCUAUGUAAAAUGUUUAAUAAGAAUUGCUUAAUAAGGAAUAGGAUUUAUAUUUGGAGGAGGAGCGGUAGAAUGAAAAUUGUUAGCCUUAUCCUUAUUACCCUGGAAGUACUACAUAAUAACUUUAAAGAAAGGCGUGACACACGUCAUUUUGUUUUACACCAAUCAAAGCACAGAAUGGUUUUAAUACGCAUGUCCACUAAAACUUUAAGGUGUUGCGUCUUUUCUUAAAGUUUCUAAGAAACAUAGUUUAUUUUGAUAACUUUGCAGUGAUUAAAAAUGAAAAAAUGUCAAUCAUCUUACAACAUUCAUGUA